GAUGGUUUUUGGGGCCGUGUGAAGCAGGACUUUGAUGUGCUGGAGGUUGAUGGCCUUAAGAGAGAAGCGUUGGAUGCCGUGAUUGAGUUAAAAAAGGGAAUUUUUGCUGAGGAAGAGGCGGCUCCGGGUCUGCCCCCGCUCCGGGCAGGGCUUUUGGGAGCAGCGCCGCAUUUCCAUGCUCACCCCGGACCCCACGGACCGUGCUGCAGCCCGAGUGCGCUCCGGAGGUGCGGGAGAGACGGCGGAGCCCCCGAAAGGGUUAAGGGGUGCCGGGAGCCUGCAGGGAUCCCACCCAGAGCGGCAAUCCCGCGGCGCGAUUGCGCUCCGAGCCCAUCAAAGGCUCCGAUCAAGGACCCGACCCCCGCUGGCUGCCCGGGCCCGGCCGCCCUUUGUCUGGGCGAGCGGAGCAGCGAUGUGGCUUCUCCCCAUCCUCGCCGGGGCUCUGCUGAGCCCCGCGGCCGCCGGGCUGAGCCCGCAGGAAAGCUCCCUGCUGAAAUCGCUGGGGCUGAGCGCCAAGCCCAGCCCCAGGAGCCCCGCGCCCGUGCCGCCCGUGCUCUGGAGGAUCUUCCAGAGGAGGAGGACGCUGCCCCGGCCGGACGCGGAGCUGGAGUCCUGCAGGGUGGAGGAGUUUAAUGUCCCCGGGAACAUCGUGCGAGUCUUCGCCGACCAAGGCCGCUUCCUCCCCGAGGGGCAGCCCCGGGGGUGGCUGUGUCUGCGGAAGCUCCUGUUCUUCAACCUCUCCGCUCUGGAGGAGGGCGAGCGCCUGACCAUGGCCCAGCUGGAGCUCCAGUUCCACCACAGCUCCUACCACGGCCCCAGCCCGGGGCGGGUUCUGGAGCUGCGGCUGUACCGGGCGUCCCCCCGGGGGCGGCCGCAGCCCGGCCCGGGCCCGCUGCUGGAGCGCUCCCUCGUCCAGCUGCGCAAAUCGCUCCCGUUCGACCUGAGCGAGGCGCUGAAGGGCCGGGAGCCGCCGGGCAGGAGCUUGGCUUUGCUGCUGGAGAUCUCGGCGAGCGGCGGCCCCGGGGGCCCGCGGAGCCCCUGCGGCGGCAGCGACGCUUUCGCGGCCGCCUCGCUGCUGCUGGUGACGCUGGGCCGGCAGUGCCGGGCCGCCCGCGGCAGGAGGAGCGCCCCGAGCCCCCCGGUGACCCCCAGCCCGCUGUGCAAGCCCCGCCGGCUGUACAUCAGCUUCAGCGACGUGGGCUGGGAGAACUGGAUCAUCGCCCCCCAGGGCUACCUGGCCAACUACUGCGCGGGGGACUGUCCCUUCCCGCUGGCGGCGGAGCUGAACAGCACCAACCACGCCGUGCUGCAGACCAUGGUGCACUCGCUGGACCCGCAGGGCACCCCCCAGCCCUGCUGCGUGCCCGUCCGCCUCUCGCCCAUCUCCAUCCUCUACUACGACAACAGCGACAACGUGGUGCUGCGGCACUACGAGGACAUGGUGGUGGACGAGUGCGGCUGCAGGUAGCGGGGACCCGGGGGCAAGGAAGGACGAAAAGCGGGGGAAAUCCCUUUGUUCCCCGCUGGGAAAUCCCCGCUGCGCUGGGGUUAGGCUGGGUUUAAGGGGCGGCGCUGAUUUAGGGUUAGUUGGGAUGGGUUCUGGGGUUAUGACCGAGGCUGGUGCUGGGUCCCUUCUCCGCAGGGGAGGCACCGGGCUCUGAGUCCCAGAUUUCCCCCCUCGCUCGUGCCAGGGCUGCAGGUUUUGGGCGUUUUCGGCUGAACUCUGCAGAUUUCUCAGGGUGUAAAUGACUUUUCUGGGUGAAGAGGGGCUGGGGGUUCCCUGGGGCGUGGUCCAGCUGCAGGGACAGGGAUGGGGUGACCAAAUCCCUUGCCAGGGGAGGCAGAGCCAGGCAGAUUUCUCUGUGCUGUGGGAACUGUUUGCAGGGUGUGCUUGGUGAUGGGGUGGUUUGGGGACGGGGCUUGCGUUGGUGGCCAAACGCAGUGGAGGUUUUGCCUGAAAAAAUGAAAUUUUCCCUAAAAAACUGGAGAUUUUGCCUAAAAAAUUGAGAUUUUGCUAACAAAAAUAUUUUACCUAAAAAAAUGAAAUUUUACCCCCCCCCAAAUGGAUUUUACCUGAAAAAGGGAGAUUUUACCUAAGAAAUCUGCUGGGAGCAGUGCCAAGGGCAGGAUCCUGCAGGGCCCGGGCUGGGUGCUGGCUCUGUCCCCUCCCAGCCCGCUGUGAGUCAGUAUUAAUUUACCUCCUUUGCAAAGGAUGAGCCCGGGCUGUCCCCCGAGUGUCCCCGCGGGUCCCGGGGCAGGAGCCAGGCGGCAGCCGAGCCUCAGGCGAGGGCAGAGCACUGAGCUCAGCUCGUUUUCGCUUUUCCGGUUGUUUUUCGUGGGUUUGUUGGGUUUGGGGCCGGCUGGCAGCCCCGGGCCCUUGGUGGUGUCACUGAGGGGCAGCAGGGACCCCAGCUGGGGCCAUUCCCAUCUUUAAACCCUUCCCUCCCAGCUGAAGGGGCUGAGCCGAGCUUUGGAGCCCGGCCCAGCUGAGCCGAGCUUUGGAGCCCGGCCCAGCUGAGCCAGCCCCGAGUGUGAAACCACCUGAGUGAGGAU